UUUCUUCAAUUCACAGUGGGUAGGAAAUACACAGGCUGAAUGUGUAAGCACUGUAGAUAAGGAGCCCAAAGAGCUGCUUACAAAACAAACCAGAACACAAAAAACAAUUGUCUUCAUUUUUUGAGACAGUAGGCCAGGCUGGCCCUGAACUCACGGAAGCAUUUACUGUAAACUGGUCCUUCUCUCUACACUUCCCGCAUGCUACAGCCAUAGUCAUGUGCAGCCCUGCCUGGCCAGAAAAAAAGCAGUUUAUUUAUUUUACAUGUACAUGUGAGACAGGGCUCAGUAGGUAGCUCCGGCUGGCCUGGAACACACAAAGAUCUGCCUGCCUCUGCCUCCUGAGAUCUGGGAUUAAAGGUAUGUGUCACCAUGCCCUGCCUAAGAAAAGCAAUUUUUAAGGACAGUCUACUUUCCUAGAAAGUAUCAAAAGGUGAAACAGAAAUAGGGUAACUGUGGACUUCUGGGGAAGAGGAAAACUGAGACUCUUUUUCAUAGUGAGAAGUGCCAGGUUAGAAGGCCCGUCCCACUGUUAGUUUGCGACAGGAGAUUGUAUUUAGAACAGUUCAUAGCAGAGCAGGUUUUUCUCCCCUCUGGUUUAAGCGGUCAGCUUCUUGGCCCUGGAAAUGUGACCACACCACGUGUCACCUUUCCUCCUCAAGAAUAUGAGCUCUGUCAUUUAAAUUUAGAAAGUUAAAAAAAAAAAAAAAAUCCCAACCAGGGCCAUAACAUAGCCCUUUAAUUUUGUGCCUUUGUUUCCUGAGCACUUAGGAAAAUGGCUGACCGUAUUUCAUUUACUAAUAAAAUAUUUUUUUGUGGAAACAUAGGGCUGGAUUUUAACUAAGUGGUAAAGGGUUUGACCUAGGUUCAACUCCCAACACAGAAUUUAUGUGUGUGUUGGUAAAACAAAUGACCAUACAAAAAAUGUAGCCAUUUACAAAUACUUGAAUAUGUCAAAUAAGAAUUGAGAACUUUCUCACACAAGUAUAAGAUGGUUAAAACAAACAAACAAAACAGCACUUAAGAUUUCAGAGUGGGAAGACUUGGUUCAGAAUCAGUCUUCCCUGUUGAAGUCUGCCCAAGGCAAGAAUGACAGAGCCUUGGCUUUUCCUUUACCGUGAGAGUUCUACUAAUCCUGCCUUACUAGGUAAAUGUAAGAAGUACAGCACCCAGGAGGGGGUCAGCAUUUGGGGAAAUGCUAAAUGCUAACUCAGUGUUCUCAGCCUUCUUCUUAAGGCUGCAACUCAUAUUGUACUGAUCCCCAACCACAAAAUUGUUUUCAUUGCUGCUUCAUAACUGUAGUUUUGCUACUGUUAUAAAUUGUAAUGUAAAUCUCUGAUACGUGGGCCCUGUAAAAGGGUCAUCUGACACCCCCACACACAGGGGUCGAAACCCACAGGUUGAGAAUCACUGCUAAAUGCUUUUUUAAUCUGUUGCCCCCGUGGAGGGUGGGGGGGGGGGUAAAGAACAGUUCCAAAGGUUAAAGUCUAAAAGCAACAUGGAGGAUAUAUUCUUAGUAACUGAGUUGGAGUGUUCUAACUUGUUUUCCUGUUUGUCUUCUCGGUGGCUUAUUUGCUAUCCUGGGUUCCUAAAGGGAGAAAGUAAAGACUGUGGUGGAACAAAAUGGUGCAGGAACAGUAACCACAUCGCAAGUUACUCUGGAGUUUGUUUUGGUCGCUGAGGUGACAUUUAAUCACUAAGAGACAGCCAAGAGUGGCUUUGUCACUCCACCAUAACGACUGAACAAAACAAAUCUUGCAUUACAGUCUACCUGCUUGCCAAGGCCACUGACUCUGGGUGGGCAGAGCUUUCUCUCAGACGGGCAUUCUCUGGGCAGCUUUGGUGUUGCUAGAGUAACUUCCUUGUGGAAACAGGAAUGAUUUCAUUAAUGUUUUGACUUGACCGAAAAAGAAGUCUUUGAGUUAUUUAAUUAGAAAUUGGAAGGAAAAACAAAAAAAAGAAUUCGAACUUUCGAGCCAAGGCUCAAAACUUCCAUGAAGCUGAAGCCAGAACGUUCCAGUGUUGGGAGCAGCUGUUCUCGGAUUCAGAAAACCAGCAAACAGAAAGCAUGGAUGGCUUGUGCAAGCUCUCCUCCACGGAAAGGGUACAGCUGCUGGAGAAGGAGCUGGCAGAAAAGCUAAGCGAAUUGAAGGCCGCGCUGGGAGAACGGGGCCUCCUUCGGGGACCAGCCAGCUGGGGCUUCAGCUCCGUUCAAAUACCAAAGGAUGUUGCUCACUUCAGACGCGAACGGGAAGCGGCCCUGAAGAGAACCCUCCGGGUGGCGGAGUCCAAACCCCUUGUUAUUCAGGCAGAUGUCCUGCAGAGGGAGCUAGAGAGCUGCCUGAGGAGAGAGUACACGCCGGAAAACCUUCCUCUGCUCCUGCUGCAGUUUUACACAGAGAGAAUCACACAGCUGGCCCAGAGCAAGUAUUUGCACAUGCUGAGGUGGAAACGGCUUUGCCAGACCAGUAAGACCAUGGAAGAGCUCUACCCUCUCUACAAGAAACAGGUCGGCUACAUCACACACGAGUUCAGUGACACAGUUCAGAGAGCGGAAAGGCUGUCGGCUGCUCGGGAAAACUUCCUUAUGGGAAGAAACAACCCCCCCAACCUCGUGACUCUGGAAGACCUGGCGAUUUACACCAGGUGGCUCGUGUGUCACCUGCACUCUCUCAGGACCGUUCACCACUACCUGAAGGCUCUCCAGUAUUUGCCCAUCUCCAAGAUGCUGCAUCCAGCUGAUAAGCCGGUCUCUGAACUUAGCGAGGUAAAAGAAAACGUCUGUGUCGCCGACCUUAACUCAGCAUCUCCUGGUCCUGGGGAGGCCAGUGUUUCCGGGCCCGGGAGAACAGAUGCUGCGUCUCUCCUGCCUCAGCACGUGACGGACAGGGACGCGCUAAAACCCCAGCUGCGGCACCUCCUCUCCCAUUUCCACGUCCCCUACGACUUGCAAAAGCUGAGGGACUCGGCCGAAGAGAUGGAACUUUUUUCCUUGGUUUCUCAGCACUUCCAAAGCAUCUUCCUGGAGCAACAGAGGAUGUGGACGUUCCCAGACUACGAAGCCUGGAGAGCCAAAGUGCAGACGAUGGCUUUGCCGGGACCUGCUGCCACCCUGAGAAAGAGAGCCAGCUGGAGUCCCUUUGUGAAGGUCAAGCCAAAAUGUGAUCCUUGGCAGAAGAAGAUGUUGACCAGACUCAAAGAACGGGGAAGAAUAGAUGAACUAAUGCGACUCCAGUCAAAGUUUCUGAAGGUUUCUGACCCUGUGCAAGUCAUGCAAGGGCUCCAGGAUCACGCUGCAAAGACAGUGAAUGUGGCUCCUCAUCACCCGCCAUUCACGAUUUCUCAGGCCCUGCAUCCGGACACCUAUGACCACGUCUGGCAGAAUAUUUACAGCAACCCCAAGUUCUACCAGGCUGAAGAUUCGAAGGAUGACAGCCUUUCAGUGGAACCAAGAGACGAUGACCUGGCAAAAACACAUCUCAGCCAAAGUUCUGAUGGCUCUCUUCAGCAGAAAACAGCGACAGGGUACAGCUAUGCUGUGGCCCUACAGCUGCUGGGCCUGAGUGAUGGGACCGAGCCUGACGGGAAUCCUGUCCUGAUGAGAGGGGCCUACUUAUCCUUCCUCUGCUUGCGCCACCUGCGCAUCCGGGACUUACAGCGCAUCUGUUUGGGAGUUCUUAACUUCUUCAGAUCUGUUGAGCGAUCCUUGACAAUUAACACUGCAGGCCUUACCUUGGUUUCGGGGAACCUGGUCCCCACCGCAGAAGAUAGUUCCUGGGUAAAUAUGGCAAAAGGAGGCUUGGGUACCUUGCAAGGCCUAGGAGCUCACCACUAUGUCCACGGGACUCCUGCUGAGCACAAGGUCCAAGGAGUCCAGUUCUUGGAGUUCUCGGAAGUUCAGAACCAGGACGACUUCUACAGCACCCAAGCUGGCUGUGUCCACACUCAGGACCAGCUCGGCGAGUACGUCAUGUACGAUGAUGCCCUGCGGGAUCUGAAGGAGCUGGAGUCAGAGCUGCUGCUCCUUGCCAGCCAUUACAUUGAGAAAGAAAAAAGUCACAAGGAGGAUAGCAAGUCAGAGAGCAGCCAGCGCUGGGGCUGGGCCCAUGGCAGCGUGGACAGGUUCGAGGUGCUGUAUGACCUGUGGACCUGCGAAGCAAACCUUCUAGAAAGCAAACGCCAGCUUCUAGAUAAUUACCUGGAAGCCUACCAGCACACGCUGGACCCCAGGGGGAGGUUCACCUUGGCGCAAGCAAUGACUGACAUCAUGUACCGACGCCCCAAGUUUGAUCUCGCUCACUCGUAUUUCACCGAGGCCUACCAAGACGAUUGCACCAGCCUGAAGCUUCACCUGCAGCUAGCCAGGGCCGUCGGCAGCCACCAUCUAGAGCAGCAGCGGGAAUAUGUCCAGAGGCUCUGUCCAGAGGACCUCCCCGAGGCUGGAAAGACGUUCGGACUUCCCCUGGACAUAAUUUGCAAGCACUUUGUUUCCUUCGGCAACGGCUGCCCAGCUUCAGAAAACGCCCGUCUGUUGGAGGUCCACCCGUCCCUUGGCCUGCUUGGGCUCAUCCCGGAAGCUCUGGAGCACGUGUUGCGCGAGGCUCGCCACGCCCGCAAGCCUGCGUCACCCAGCAGGCUCGCCCAGCUGGAGAAACGUGUCCUGCAGCUUGCCCUGGACCUGUGGCUCACCCCGGCCAAGGCCGAGGCCUGCUACAGCGCGCAGCUCCAGAGAGAUCUCUUCUCAGCUAACGUGAUGGGUGAUCCCUUUCUCGUGGAGGAGGUGGGCCUGCUUGCACUCAGGUCUGCGGUGGACAAGGGACAGGAAGAGGGCCAAGAUUUCCACGCCCUGCUCCUGGAGACAUUUUCCAAACUUCUAGAAGUCCUGACCCUCCGUCACCGGCUGAUAGAAGCAAGUGUGGAGAGCGCCCACUUGGCUGGGCUGUACAAGGAAUUGGCACAGGAGAUGAGUUUUGAAGAAUCCCAUUUGUAUCUGAGGCCUGUUCCCUUUGAGUUCGCAUCACACAAGGACAGGGUGGAGCCACCCCUUCCGGUCUUUAUCACUUCUCUGCUGGAGGACAGCAGCCAAAUAGACAGGUACUCCCCCGCCACCCUCUCCUUAGCCAUCUCUGAGCUGGAUGAUAACCAAAUCGGCAAAUUCAGCUUUUAUACAAAAGAAACCAUCCUCAAGCUCUUGUUGCAUUCUGGAGUGGAAAAUAUGCAAGUGACCCUCGCAUGUCAAACUGUACAGAAAAAUGCUUUGAUGGUGGCCAUUCAACAGGCAUCCUUCUAUCACAUCCCUGGAGUGGACAGCCCUGUUGAUAGCAAGGAAGUGAGUUCAGACCUGAGGCAUCAUGGCGGAGUGAGUUCAACCAGAAGAAGAGAGUCCAGAGCUACGAAUGGCACAGAGCGCUUGCUCUUAGCCCCGACUCCAAAAGCCCCCGACACCCUUACCCGUUCUUCAGAAGGAUUUAAGACUUCUAAAAGCCCUCCAGAGGCCUUCCUAUCUAUUCAGCUAGAAAAGGCGGGCUUGCGGGACAUGAUGCUGAACAGCUUCCUGCAGAGGAAACAGACGGUGGCCGACAGGACACAGAGCCCCGAUGACAUUGAAAAGGUCAAGAAGGAACUAAUAGUUGACUAUUGCCAAAAGUUGAACCGCCGCACUUCUCACUACGCCCUCCGGGGUCAAAUCAUGGCGUACUGCAACAGCCUGAGAGCCCUGCUAGAAGACUUUCCUACCAUCAGGGACACCUUCUUCAUGGUGGGACAGCCAAAUGAAAAGAAGGGCUUGAAGGACUCCAGUGGGGAACUCAAGGCUGACCCCAGGCGUUUUCAGCCUAGGCCUCGGAGUGUGCUGUCAGCUGAUGGAAGACGCUUCCUCAAUUUAUGGUUUAUUCCCCAUCCUUCCGAAGUGCUGUUUAUGUUCAAAACUCUGCCAGAGGAGGAAGCUUUCAGAGCCCUGAAGCUGACUCUCCAGGUUGUAGCUCCUCUCCAUGACAUUGUGGCCUACCUUUUCGGUUUUGCCAAACUUGGCAAUUGCCCAACACGCUUCGACUUUCCUCUGAGUCCUAACCCUUCGAGGAGUGACUGGGGAGGAGCCGAGGGCAUUGGGACUGAGCUCCAAGAGCUGCAGAAAAUGAUUGACAGUCUCCAGAGCCCCCAGGACCCCAGCCAGGUGGCCGAGGCCCUCCUCCUGCGCAGGGAGGUGACGUUGCUCCGGUUCGAUGCCGCGGUGAGACAUCUCCACCGAACAUUUUUGGCAGUGGGAAAUGCUCCCGCCUACCAGUCUGUCGCAGAGGGCCUGUGCCACGGCUCGCCACCACUGAGCAACUGUCUCAGGAAGAGCAUCUUCUCUUCACAGCUCAGCCUGCCCCAGCCGCUGGAGCCUCGGAGCCUCGAAGCGUCUGCGCUGUUCCCGUGGAGGGCGUUUCUAGAAGAUGGUGGACCGUUUCCAGUUACGAGCAGCCUCCCGAACACCUUGGAGUAUGACAUGCAGAUGUGUCUCUGCGGGCUGAGUGACCGUGACCGCAAAGUGGCCCACGGAGAGCUGGUGGGUGUGCAGAUGCUAAUGGGAGACAUACUUCUGAGCAGCCGUCAUGAGAGCAGGAAGGGCCCCCCCACAUGGCAAGCAGAACCGGAGACUGCACAGCCAGAUUGGCCCAAACUGCCAGAACUCUGCCGGAAUCAGUUGGGAAGUCACCCGACGGCCUCCACACUGCUGGAAGACCCGGAAGACCCGGAAGACCCGGAAGACCCGGGUGAUGUGGUGGCUUCCCUUGCUCUGCUAAAGUCCUUCCUUAUCCUGUGGAAGCAGCUGGAAGUGCUAAAGGAACACUGGGGUCGACUCAAGCUUCGAGGCCGGGAUGUCAACUCUGGGCCCCUCCACAAGCAGUUCUCAGAGCUCUACGAAGCUGACAUUUUCUACCCCAGCAUGAAAGCUUUGGCCAGGCAGAUGGGUAAAGAAGAUGAAUUUGAAGGUCUUAUAGUAAGAAGCCAGUCUGUUCUUCCCCCAAAGGGAGCCUCAGAAAUUGAAAUAAAAACUCAGCAGCUUCAGAAACUUCUGGAAAGUUUAGAAAUUCAUAUGAUCCAAGAAGUACUGAGAAAAGUUCAUCAAGAGAUGACACUGUUUCUAUCAGAAAAGUCCAAGAAGGAGUCUACCCUCCCAACAGAUCUUUGGAAACACCAAGUCAUGAAAGAGAACUUCUCAGUUGGGAGGCCCCAGAUAGUUGAGAGAUUUGUACAGAGAUUAAUGGAGAAUUCCCAAGGCAAUGGACCUGAGAUCACUUUCAGGAGGGAGCACCUUGAAGCCUGCCUCGUCUCCUUGGGUUGCGAUGUCAUGGCAAGAGAACGCAGCAACUUCGAGACCUACUCCAUGUGUUACAAGCAUGUGCUGCAACACGCCAGGCAGAAGCUCAGCCAGAAGGAGCAGGAAGCAGACUUGCUUCGAGAAGGUCAAGUUCCUCCUGGAGACUGUGUUGGCCAGGUUGCAGAUCUCAGUCACGACAUGAUCAUGGAAAUCACUGCUCUGAGGGCAAAGCUCACCGACCUGGAAGAGGAGAAUCUGCAUCUGAAGAACCAGAUUAGGAAAGAAGUCCAGGAAGAAUACAGAGCAUUGGUGCAGGCUCUGUUUAUGAGCUGUUCACACAUAAAGGAGCAGCUGGACAAAAACCAGUUUGAUUUGAUCCAGAAAGUGCGUGAGCUCAUCGGGGAAGUGAGAGCUGAAGGGAUUGCCAGCGUGAAGCAGCUGAAGAAAACCUGGGGCUCUGCCAGACCUGGGGAAGGAACGAAAGAGAACGCAGCCAAAGAGCAGCUGCAUGCCUGGGAGCCGGACAGCAGCAGCAUCCUGGCUGCUCUAGUGUGCAAAGCUCGGAGCCUGGGCCGCUGGCGUCUGGCUGUGCAGCAGGCACACUUCAGCCGUCAGCUGAGCAGAGCAGAGAAGGAAUCUGUUCACAGGAAAAAGGAGUGCUUGAGAAUCAAGCUAAUGGCAGAGCAAGAAGUGGCUUUACUUCAGCAGCAGCUGCUGGCUGCCAGGCAGGCCCUGACCAAAGCUCAGACUGAUAACAGGAAGCUGUGGAGGCAGCAGAAUACCCAGGCUCAACUGCUGAGGGAGCUGGAACAUAGAGUGACUCAAGACUCUGUCACUCGGCAGCAACUGGAUAUCAUCAAAACAUCUGGCAUGGAGAAGCUCCUAGAAGAUGUACAGCGAAAAGAACAACAACUGCAGCUCCUGACAGAAGAGGCUGAGCGGGCUUCCAAACUAGGCCAGCUGCAGCAGAAGAAGAUGGACAGAGACCUGAGGCAGAUGAGAAGCCGGCUCGCUCAGGAGCGCAGUGUGAAGCUGGAGGCCUUCCAACGAGUGCAGGAGCUAGAGAGUCAGCUUCGGGACACCGAGCAGCCAUCUGUCCAGAUGGGCUCUUCAGGCGGUCUUAUAUCCCAGACCCGCUGCUGCCUAAAUUCUGCUUCAACAUUAUCCAGAUACUCUCACCAACAGUUUUUAAAGACUAAUCUUCUGGGCAGUAAAAUGACAAGGAUUCAAAGACCCAAGACUGUACCAAUUAAACACAACAAAAGGACCAAAGGUGGCUCUCUACCUAGUGUGGCAGAAAGUGUUCAACUUCCAACGUUUCAAGCCCAAACAGCUCCAUCCAGAAUUUCAUGCAGACCUGAAAGUAUGUGGCAGACAGUAUUGAAGAACGAAGAUGAAUUCAUCGUGAGUGUCCCAGAUGAAAGCUGAUUUGGUCCCAGAGCUGAAAACAUUCAACCACUGGUUUGCAUUCUACAAGCUAUCUCUGGCUACUGGCUGCCUGCGGUCUCUGAGUUUUAUAUAACAAGGGAGGUAGGGCGGGCCAGGAGGGAGGACCUUAAUGCUGAGCCAUCUUUACUGAGAAGUAAAGACCCAGAACCUAGAAGCUGGUUCUUCUAGGAUCUCCAUUCGGUUCCAGCGCGCACAUGACAGUUGACAGUUAUCUGUACCUAGUUCCCUGGACUCUGUGGGUACUGGGCAUGCAUGUGGUAUACAUACAUACAUACGUGCAAGCAAACGUAAUAAUAGUUAAAACAUAAGAAUCCUUUUGGGUGGGGGAGGCUGGAGAGAUGGCUCAGUGGUUAAGAACACUGUCUGCUCUUCCUAAAUGGAUCCGGGUUCAAGUCCCAGCACCCACAUGGCAGCUCACAACUGUUUCCAUUUCCAAGGGAUCUGACACCUUCACACUGAUGCACAUAAAAUAAAAUAAUUUCAAAAAAAUUCUUUUUUUUUU